AUCUUCCUCCGCUCCGCUGUAAGGGUUUACACUCUGCUCUCUUCCUCCGAAUCAAAGAAGCGGGCGGCGGCACUCUCCGAGCUCGAGCGGCGGCGUCUCCCGGCCGGCCGUGCUGAAGGAAGCUGAAUUGAAUUUGUUCCAUGGAGGACCUACCGGAGGCUCUGCUGACAGAGAUUCUCAACAGGAUCACCAGGACAAGUGAUCUCAACUCUCUUUCCCUUGUGUCAAAGCAGCUCUACAAGAUAGAGGGGAGUCAAAGGGGUGCUAUCCGUGUUGGUUCCGGUCUUUGCACUGCUGCAAGAGCACUGACAUCAUUGUGCGCCCGCUUCCCAAAUCUGCGGAAAGUGGAAAUCGAUUACUCUGGCUGGAUACCUGGACAUGGAAAGCAGCUAGACAACAAGGGCCUUCUUGUGUUUUCAUCUCACUGUUCCUCGUUGAUUGACCUCACCUUAAGCUUCUGUUCAUGCAUCGAUGACUCUGGGCUUGGUUGCUUAGCGAAUUGCAAGAAAUUGGUGUCUCUCAGGCUGAACUCCACACCACAAAUAACUUCGAUUGGGCUUUUCUCGGUUGCAGUUGGUUGCACAAGUCUAUCUGCUCUCCACCUUAUUGAUUGCGAGAAAAUCGACAGUGUAGAGUGGCUGGAAUACCUUGGUAGGGAUGGAUCGUUGGAAGAGUUUGUAGUGAAGAAUUGCAAAAGAAUCAAUCAUCAUGACUUCCUAAAGUUUGGUCCAGGAUGGAUGAAGCUCCAGAAGUUUGAGUUUGAGAGGAAAAGAGGAAAAUAUGAUAGUCUUAUAGCCGUAGGUGGUAAGGUCUAUGACUCCUCGUACGAUGCUCACAGCAUGGAUAUAUAUGAUUUUUGCUGUGAGAGUUUGAAGGAUUUAAGGUUGGCGCAUAUUAAAACUUGGCCAGAUGUAGGGCUUCGUGUUGUCCUAGGGAAGUGUAAAGCAUUGGAGAAGCUUUGCCUUGAGUAUGUUCAUGCCCUAAAUGAUAAUGACAUGAUUGCAUUAUCUCGGAGCUGCAGCAACCUUAAAAGCAUCUCACUUUGGCUCAACCUGCAGCUUUACUCUAGUGAUGUCGGCUAUUGUGAAACCAGGACGUCAUUUACAGAUAACAGCCUUUACGCUCUAGCCCUAAACUGUCGUAUGCUUCAGAUCGCAGACCUCAGCUUUACAGGAUGUUCUCGUGACUGGCCAUCAGAAAUAGGAUUCACACAAGAGGGUUUUCUGGUGCUCAUUCAGUCCUGCCCGAUUCGUGUUCUCGUGCUCAACAAUGCCAACUUCUUUGAUGACAAGGGGAUGAAGGCCCUCGCAUCCUCACCUCAUCUGGAGACACUCGAGCUUAUAUUGUGUCAUGCAGUAACUGAUGUUGGGAUGCGCUUCAUUGCGCACACCCCAUGCUUGAGUAAUCUCACACUUCGGAUGUGUCAUAACGUUACUGAUGCCGGAGUGGCUGAACUGGGAUGUGUACAUAAGUUAGAGUCUUUGGUCAUUGAGUAUUGUGGUGAGAUCUCUCUGGAAGCUGCGCAGGGUGUUGCCAAGUCGGUUCACUACUCCAAGGACUGUUCAGAUGCCCUUAUGAAGACAAUUGGUUUUGGGGCCUAUUGAUGAAGUGGCCUCCAAAAUUUUCAGUAUGAAUUUGCUGCUGAAGCCAUUAAGUUGUUCAGUGUGCAUCAUUGGAUAAGGUUGUGCAUCAUCCGACCCAGAUUCACCUCUCUGAACUUUUUGUUGCCUUCUACCUUCACUGCAAUGAUUUUCCUUUAUGGCAGUCUAGUGAUGAUCUUUUGACGGCAUCUGCUGAAUGAAACUUUAGUAGUAGGCACCACUUGUGUAUUAAUAUAAACCGUACGUAAUUCUGGUUGCUUAAGUUCUACUCUCUGUAGCCGUUUCGAAACCGGCAUAAGUAGGCCUCAAGAUUCCUUGUUUUUGCUGUGGAGGCACCAUAUGACCGUUUGGUGUUAUUUGUAUUAUUUAAGCAAAUGUCAUGGACCCUUUUUUGUUGCGCAAGUGAUUUUGAAGACAUAUAUAUCUGCCUGCUAUGUUCGCGCGGCAAUUUU